AUGGGGGGAAGCAACGAUUUGGCGGACAGCGCAGUGAAGGCCGGUGCAAGUGAGAAGGCGAACGUAGUGACGCCGCCGUCGGGAAGGACCUCAGCACCCGCAGUCAAGGCGCCGAAAGGCCAAAGAGGAGCCCGUCGGAAGGGAACCAAGACGAAGACGCCGCCACAGGACGAUCAGCCCGGCACCAGCGCAGGUCAGCACGGUGCGUUGAACCCAUCGUCGUCGCACCCGCGGCCAUCGCUGAGCGCGCCGAAGGAAACCGCGCCGAAGCUCUUGCUGAGCGUGAGAGGCUCGACGAGCACACUUCAACGUGAGGCGAAUGAGAGGAAGCUGCUGGCGCUGGAACGCUUGGAGAAAGAGCGCCAACAGCGGGAGAAAGAGUUCCAGGAUAAGCAAUUGGAGUUUCAGAGGUGGAGUAGUGAGGUCGAAGAGCGUCGACAGGCGCUUCUACGAGGCGACUUCUCCGUGUCCGGCUCGACGGGAGCCGAUAUGAGCGAUCGAGAGGAGAACUGGGGCGGCAAUGCAGCACGGCACCAAGAAUGCGGUGAUCCGGAACAGCCUAACUGCCACGGUUACCGCCCAAACCCACGGGAUAGCCUAGCCGAGCCGGAACGUCGUCUACCGGCCAGCUCGACCGCGAUCCGCACGGUCAAUGACCCAGAAUUCGGCGACAGUUGGGGCGAUUCAAUGGGCGAAUUCCAACUGUCCAGGUCACAGGUCGCGGCGAGGCACGCCGUCCCAAAGGAGCUACCAGCGUUCAGCGGUGAUCCGGAACAGUGGCCAAACUUCCUGUCGAACUUCAACCGAAGCACGAGGAUGUGUGGCUUCACGGCGGACGAAAAUAUAAUACGGCUGGAAAGGUGUUUACGCGGCAAGGCGUACGAGACGGUUAAGUCCCUCCUAUUGCACCCGAACAACGUGGGCAGGGUGAUCGCGACACUGAAGAUGCGAUUCGGUCAACCCCUGCGCAUCGUGCAGUCUUUGACCGAGCGGAUGAGCCAGUUACCGUCGGUUCGUGAAGGGCAAUGGGACCAGCUCACCGAUUUUGCGGUCGCGGUGCAGAACUGUGCAGCGACCAUAGAGAUUUGCGGUGCCCCGGAGCACUGCUUCAACAGCUCCCUACUGUACCAGCUGUUGGGGAAGCUACCAGUCUCGGUGCAGCAGAUGUGGGCGAUGCAGACGCCUGAGGAGGUGCCGGACCUCGCUACGUUCAGCCAAUGGUUGUACGCGACGGCAGAAACUUUCAGCCGCCUUUCCUGGGCACAACGCCAGGGUCCACUGCCGGAGACUAGGACAGAGAGCCGGGCUGCACACCAGGCACCCGGAACGGCCCUACAAAGCAGCACGCCCAGUCCGUCGGCAAGUAUGUGUGCGGGCUGCGGAGGAGAGUGCCGCGCGGUGGAGCGGUGCAGCCGGUUCAUUAACAUGGACACGACGAAGCGCUGGGAGGUCGCCAGGGAGGGUCACUUGUGCUUUGUCUGUCUGCGUCGUCAUAAGGGAGCAUGUGGAGCCAGGCCAUGUGGCAGCGAGGGAUGCACGGGCAAACAUCACGCCUUACUGCAUCGCGGGCCAUCGACCACAAUAAAUACCGUGCACGAGCCAUCAGCAGCUGGGGCAAAGCCAGGUGCAGUGCACUGUAUCCAGAUCGACAAACACUGUGAGGCUAGCGACGCCUGCCCCCAAUUUCGAUACCACUCGGUUAUUCUCCACGGUCGGACCAGCACCAUCAAGGCGAUGGCAUUCGUGGACGAAGGGUCGUCUUUCACGUUGGUGGAGGAGGACCUCGCGGACGAGCUCGGCCUAGACGGGCCCAACCAGCCAUUACAUCUGCAAUGGACGGGAGGGAUUACUCGCGUGGAGAAGAGAUCACGCGUCGUGACCCUAAAGAUCUCGGGAACGCCACAGGGUCACCAGUACACUCUGUCCGGAGUGAAGACCGUACAGAAGCUGGAACUACCAGCGCAGACCCUCGACAGCGAAGUUCUACAAUCAAAAUACCGGCACCUGCGGGGCGUGCGACUGGAACCGUACACGAACGAGCGCCCCAAACUCCUCAUCGGGAUUGGGCACCUACAAGUAGGGCUGGUACUGAAAUGUCGAGAGGGCACAGCGAACGACCCGGUAGCCGUUAAAUCCCGCCUGGGGUGGACCGUUUGCGGGGGCGCUGACAAGGUGCAUAACGUAGCAGCCGUCCAGUCUCGGAGUAACGAAAGCCACAAGAGUGACGACAACGGAGGACGCUAGGUGUCUGGAGCUGCUAACGGCCCGCACCAGGCUGGUGGGUGACCGAUACGAAACCGGCCUACUUUGGCGAGAGGACGACGGAACCUUGCCCAACAGCCGCCCGAUGGCGCUACAACGUUUCCAACAACUACAGAGGAGAAUGAAGAGAAGUCCGGAGUUCGCACGCACCUUGAAAGAGAAAAUAAAGGAGUAUGAAGAGAAACGAUACAUAAGGAAAUUAAGUGUUAGCGAGGAGCAGCAAGACGAGCCGAGACGGUGGUACCUUCCUAUCUUUGUGGUGACAAAUCCGAAUAAACCCGGGAAAGUUCGACUCGUCUGGGACGCGGCAGCAGAGGUGCGGGGAACCUCCCUAAACUCAGCGUUGCUAACGGGGCCCGACCUGCUCUCUAGCCUGUUCGAGAUUCUGAUCCGUUUCCGGGAAGGAAGGAUCGGGGUAACGGGGGACAUCCGUGAGAUGUUCCAUCAAGUGCGGAUACGUCCCGAAGAUCAGUCAAGCCAAUGUUUCUUAUGGGAAAACGAACACGGUGAGGUGGAGACCUACGCGAUGCAGGUGAUGACGUUCGGUGCCCGCUGCUCGCCCAGCACCGCUCAAUACGUGAAGAACAUCAACGCCCAGCGGUUCGCAGAAACCCACCCUAAUGCCGUUAAGGCUAUCAUCCACGCACACUAUGUCGACGACAUGCUGGUGAGCGUCGAUCGCGAGGAGGAGGCCAUACAACUAGCCCUGGACGUCGCGCACGUACACCGCGAGGGAGGGUUCGAGAUUCGCGGUUGGAUUAGCAACUCGCCCCAGGUGUUAAGCGCCCUACACGGAGAACCUGAAGAA